AUGCUUACUACCUCCGUGGUCACGAUCGCACUCUCCACCAUGGGCCUCGCUCAGGCGGCGGUACCCGCGGGUUACAACAAAGUCUACUUGCAGAGCAUGGUUGACACCAAAUUUGUCGUGCAGGCAAAGGCAACGACAUCCGGAAGCACUGUUGUCGUCAACACCGUCAACAACAAAGCUGACCAGCACUGGCUCCUCACCUCCAACACCUCCAAGAUCUACCUCGCAAACAGCGACCCGCCAACUCUGUGCCUCGACGCCGGCGCCAAGACCGCCUGGAAAGACAUGGCCAAUGUCUACGUGAACACGUGCUCUGACACUGCGCCUGGGCAGAACUGGACCGUCAUGGCGGACGGCCGCAUCGCUGUGACGGGUUCGAGCCCCGCGGAGUGUCUGGAUCUGCAGUAUAUGCGUGCGACGGCGAAUAACCCUGUAGGGCUGUACCAGUGUGCUGGGCUGAAUAACUCGGGGGCGAAGGAUAAGGGGAUUAAUUGGCCGCAGAAGAAUGUUACUACGACGCCAUGA